CGAGACCAGUCCUUUCCUGUUGCAUGACUUCCUGUUGGGACUGAGAAGGAACAAGAUCCAGAGGCAUUUCAUCCACUGAGCUGCCUGACUCCAAAAGCAACUGAAUUUUGCUAGGAACAAGAUCCAGAAGCAUUUCAUCCACUGAUCUGCCUGACCCCAAAAAUCUGAUUCCUCAUCUCUCAGCCAUAAAAUGAGUGCAGAUAUAUACAAGCUUCUCUUCUUCAUCAGUGAGGAACUGGACUCAGAAACCCUGAUGGCUCUGAAGUUUCUGAGUCUGGAGUACAUCCCACUGAAGAAUCAAGAAGACAUUCAGGAUCCCAAGGAUUUCUUCCAAAAGCUCCAGAACAAGAGACUGAUAGAGGAAGAUGAUCUGUCCUUCUUAAAGGAGCUACUGUUCAGAGUAAACCGCAUAGACCUCCUGACUGGUAAACUGAGCUCCAGCAGAGACGAAAUGGAGAGGGAGCUUCAAAUCCCAAACAAGGCAAAAGUUUCACCAUAUAGGCAACUACUUUACAGAAUCUCUGAAGAAAUAACUAGUGAAGAAGUUGCCAGUGUAAGAUUCCUGCUGCAAAAGGAGCUACCGAAGAAGAAGCUUCAGGACAAUGCUACCAUAUUGAAGCUCUUUAUAGAAAUGGAAAAAGCUGGGAUAAUGAAUGAAACCAAACUGAAGGUGCUGAAGAGUAUUUUACGGGAUGUUAGACCUGACCUGGCGCAAAAAAUUAAUACCUACGAAGUAGAAACACAAGCCCCAGAUGAAUUGAUCAUGAGCUUGGAACCUCCUUUUCAGAGCCUGACAUUUAGCGAAGGUCAUAUUCACCAGGAAGUUCCCUGCCCUAAAACAUGUGCGUUUGUUGGCCCAGGUGAAUCGGGAGCAAAGGAAGCAGUGUCAGUGACAAAGCUCGAGAACCCCUACACGAUGGAGAAUAAUCCUCAUGGCUAUUGUGUGAUACUGAACAACUCUGAUUUUAAAAAUCCUGAUGAAACCAGGAAAGGCACAGACAAAGAUGCUGAGGCUCUGAAACGGGUUUUUGAGUGGCUGCAGUUUGAGACAAUUGAGCACCGAAACCUAGAAGCAGAGGAAAUCUGUAAGACAAUCAAAAAGUAUAGCAACAUGGACCAUAGCAACAUGGACUGUUUCAUUUGCUGCUUGCUCUCACAUGGCGAAAAGGGUAAAGUACGUGGGACAGAUUGGAAUUCUGCAGCCAUCAAAGAUCUGGUCUCCUGCUUCACUGGAUCUGAGUGCCCCUCGCUCGCUGGCAAACCCAAACUCUUCUUUAUUCAAGCCUGCCAAGGUAUGACAGGGCAGAAAAGUAUCCCAGUGAAAGAAGAUUCUUCUCGACAGCUGGAGGCAGAUGCUUUACCCUUGCCUUCCAUUCCUGACUGGGCUGAUAUCCUCAUUGGUAUGGCUACAGUGGAAGACUUUGAGUGCUACAGAUACAUAGAGAGAGGCAGCGCGUUCAUUCAGUGCCUCUGCAAGGAAAUAGAGUCUUUCUGCCCACAGUGCGUGGAUCUGCUGACCAUCCUGACACAAGUCAACAAAAAAAUGGGAGAAAAAGAUUUUAAUGGGAAAAAGCAGAUGCCGGAAAUAAAAUCAACCCUGCGGAAGCGACUGAUCUUCCAGGAAAUCUCUAAAUUCCAUGUUUUUCCAUGGCAUAUGGAUUUCUAGGAUCCCUGGUGAUCAUCUAGUCUGAUCUCCUGUACUGGAGACGUAGGACUUUCCUGAAUUAAUUCCUGUUUCAACUAGAGCAUAACUUCUAGACAUCCCAUCUUGGUUUAGCAAAAUCCAUCUUUACUAUCUCAACCCUGCCCUUUCUGACCCCCCUCACCUCCAGAAAACCUUCCUUGAUUUGCAUUCUGGAUUUACAGAUCUGAUCCUGGGAAGAUUCCACAUGGUUCAGACACAGUCUCCAUUACCAGCAUGGACAGAGAAAAUUGAGCUAUAAAUUACCGAGGGGAUCAGAUCUAUCGCAUGGUUCUCAGGGGAAAAAAGUCCCUUUAUACAGUGACCAUUUAAUUAAAUCCACAAGCAGGAAACCCACCAUUUAAAUCAUGUUUUGCAUUUGUACUUUUUAGUAGUUUACUUAAGGAAAUGUUGAUUUCUCAUUAGUUGGUAACCACCAAAGUCUGUUGACUUGCAACUAAAUAUAGCCUUUACACAAAAUUUGGUGGUGAUUUUUGCUAACUGGGAGGAUACACUAUAUCUGUACGUAUUUAUUUAAGCAACAAUAUAGGUUAAUUUAUAUUUAUUCAGCUUCUUUGUUUUGACAUUUUUGAUUGUUAGAAAAUGGUGAAUGAGGCAUUUCGUUUUUAGUAGAUGAUUAAUUUUUUUAUUUGUGACCUUUUUCAUACUCUAUUUGGGUGGAAAUUCAAAUUAAAUUAAAAUUCAGAAAAAUAGAAUUUUAUUGUUUUUAUUAAAUAAAAUGACCUUAAAAAUGCUGUAUACAUAAGAAAAAAGUUUAUCAAACCAUUAAAACUAACCAAUUUAUUAAACAAAGGCAGUAUUAUCUGUGGUUAAUGAAUUUAACUGAUUUGUUUAUGGUUACUCUGUCCUUCAAGAUUUUAGAACUAGUAGAUCUUACUCUCUCAAACCUACUUUUUAUUCAUAGAGUGGAAGAGAAAAACAGCAUUCCUCCUUUUUCAGCUUCCAGUUGGGUUCUUAACUUUGAAUGAGCUAGUACAUGAACAGAACUAGUUGAAUAAACUGAAAUGAAGAAAAUAUUCUCUCUGCACCUAUAGAAGAUUCAAAUUUGUUUAGCGCUUUUUAAAAAAUCUAUUUGUAUCCACCCAGACAGCGAUCAAGGAACAGGAUGAUAAUAUAACACUUUGCACUUCUCUAGCUCCUUCCAUGUGAAGGGUUCAGUGUGCUUUACAAACAUGAAUUAAUUCAGCUUCACAGCCCCAGGAUCCACAGGUUUGUGACCAAAUGUAAAAGUUGAGGCACUCAUUUUGUUUUUUCCCUGACUCCCUCCAAUCUCUGUCUAGUGUAGUUUGUUGACUGGCAUAGGCAUUUGUCUUUUCAGUGACUCUCCUGUGUGUCUCUCUGGCUCUGCAAGUACAGGCAAUCCCUUAUGGGCAGUAGGGAGAC